AGCUACAAGGUGCAACGCCUGAGGCGAAAGGGACGAAAUCGAAGUUCCAUCGAUUUUAGAGAGAAGGGAAGAGAGGGUCCGACUGAGAGACUCGAAGGUGGAAUUUGGGCGGUCGAAGGAGAGAGACAACGAAGGAACGGAAAGCUCAGAAGAGAAGAGGAGAGGAGCGAGAGAGGGAAGAAAAAAAAAAUCUUGAAGGGGAAGAGAGAGGAGGAAAGUGGAGGAAAAGAGAGAAGAGUUUUAGCAGUAGAAAGGAGAGAGGUAAGGUUUGGGUUCGGGUUCUCGAGGUGGUGAAGUGGAUUUAGACAGAGAAUAAACUAGUAAUUUGCACCUUUGCAGAAGAGCUUGGAAGAUGACUUGUGCGAGGGGAAAGGGGAAGUUAUCGCCAAUACGGUGUCGUUUAUUCGAAAUCUUCGGAAGAGCGCGGGAAUGUCAAAUGGCGGCGGGCUUUUCAACAUCUCCUUUGUCAACCAAUAGAAAUUCGCCAUGUGCCAAACUAGAUGGAAACAGCGUAUGCUUGCUCACACCAUAGAGUUACAUCCCAGCUCAAAAAUGAAGAUAAUGAAUGCUUGAAUCAAUCUCCGCUGCGCAAGUUGUAUCGAUAACAAAAUCGUCCAAUUCGUCUUCCCCAAUUCGCCACGAACAAGAAUUUAAAUGAACCUAUAAAGCCCUAGCAAGGCCAAUCGAUAUGUCGACCAUUUCUGCCUCUAUAUUUCCCGCUACCCAUUUCCUAUGUUCUACAAAUAACUCAUCCUCUUCGAGAUUCUCUCUUUUUUCAUUCUCAUGCCCUUCCUCUCUUUCUAGAUAUCCUUCAUGUAUCUACCAUCUCUGCCACUCUCGGAGAAAAACCCUAACAGUAGUUUCCUCUAAAUCCUCUGAGGCGGAGGAGGAAUUAUCAUCCACGGAAGACGAGUGGCUCAAGAAACUUCCCGACAAGAAAAAGCCUCUGUACUCUCACAGCUUGCCUUGCAUUGAGGCUUGGCUUAGGAAUUUAGGGUUUUACCGAAGCAAGGACGACCGUGCCGUUUGGUUUAUUGAAAAGCCCGAGUGGCACGCCCAAUUGUCUCUUGAUAUAACUGAUCUAUUUAUAAGGUACUUGAAGAGCGGACCAGGAAACCUUGAAAAAGAUGUGGAGAGGAGAUUUAGUUAUGCAUUGAGUAGGGAGGAUAUUGAAAAUGCCAUUCUUGGAGGACCUUAAGGAGAACAAACAAAUCAUUCCUGCCAUUGUAUGUUUUAGCUACUAAUGGGAGUAAUUCGGCUCCAGGAAUUGCAGUAUUUAUUAUAUAAUGUAGUAUAUUUAAUCAUUAACUCCUCCCAUGAGCAAUUCCUUUCUUCAAUUUUGAGCAUUAGUAACAUCAA